AAGGCAGUUCUGUACCUCGUGUCUACUCCUAAGAUAGAUACAUAUAAGGUCCGCAUAGAAAAAAUCGCAUACCUCCUUCUGUAUCUAUAUUCAAUCUAUACAUACAACAACAUAAACACAAACUCAAACACAUCGGUCGGAGCUCCAACUCAAUCUCAAGUCCAACCUAGUCUUUCAACUCACUCCUGUCUGUGUGAGUAACGAUGGGAGGAGACAAGAGAAGCUAUUCUGCGACGCCGAAUGAUUAUAAGCUGUUAGAAGAGAUUGGAUAUGGAGCGAGUGCUACUGUUUAUAGAGCGAUCUAUGUGCCUACUAAUGAAACUAUUGCUGUCAAGUGUUUGGAUCUCGAUCGCUGCAAUAGCAAUUUGGAUGACAUUCGCAGAGAAGCUCAAACAAUGAGUCUGAUAAAUCAUCCCAAUGUUAUAACGGCACACUGUUCAUUUGUUGUCGACCGCAAUCUUUGGGUAGUGAUGCCUUUUAUGGAUGAAGGUUCCUGCCUUCAUCUCAUGAAGAUAGCAUACCCAGAUGGAUUUGAAGAGUCUGCCAUUGCUUCUUUCUUGAAAGAAACUCUCAAGGCCUUGGUCUACUUACAUCACCAUGGGCAUAUCCAUCGUGACGUCAAGGCUGGUAAUAUACUUCUAGAUAGUCAUGGGAAGGUGAAGCUUGCUGACUUUGGUGUUUCUGCUUGUAUGUUUGACCAAGGCGACAGACAGAGGUCAAGAAAUACAUUUGUGGGAACUCCAUGCUGGAUGGCUCCAGAGGUUUUACAGCCUGGAAGCGGCUAUGAUUUCAAAGCUGAUAUUUGGUCUUUUGGAAUUACUGCUUUGGAAUUGGCACAUGGUCAUGCUCCUUUUUCAAAAUAUCCUCCGAUGAAGGUUCUCCUAAUGACCAUUCAAAAUGCACCACCUGGGCUGGACUAUGACCGUGAUAAACGAUUUUCUAAGUCUUUCAAAGAAAUGGUUGCAAUGUGCUUGGUGAAAGAUCAAACAAAAAGGCCAACUGCUGAGAAGCUGCUGAAACAUUCUUUUUUCAAGCAUGCGAAACCUCCUGAGAUUUCUAUAAGGAAACUUUUUGCUGAUUUACCACCUCUAUGGAAUCGUGUGAAAUCCCUUCAGCAAAAAGAUGCUGCACAAUUGGCUCUUAAAAAAAUGCCUUCAGCAGAGCAAGAAGCAAUUUCACAGAGUGAGUACCAACGAGGUGUUAGUGCAUGGAACUUUGAUAUUGAGGACUUGAAAGUGCAAGCAUCACUGGUGCAAGAUGACGACGAAACUCUAGAGAAUAGGUUAGGAGAUGAAAACAUGAACUCUUAUAUGCAUAGGAAGGAUGCAGGUCCCAGUUCUAGUUUACAGAAGUCGAUUUCCAUUGGUGAUUUUAUCUGCAGGGAACAAGAAUCUGGGAAUGAGGUGCCUAUGACUGCAAGCUUGAACAAGACAGGAAAAAAUCUUGAAAGUGAGGCCUUGAUGCCUGCCAAUGCAAGGAUGACUGAUAUUAUAAAAGACAGUUCAAAACCAGAUUUACAACCUUCUGCAUCAGAAAUUAACGCUGCACAAGCAAAGACUAAAGCUUUAAGUGGGACAAAUCGCCAAACCCAUAGUGGACCUCUUGUGGCUGGUGCCAUAUCUGAACGCAUGCGCAUCUUAGAAAGGUCUGAGACUGAAAACCAACUACCAGCUGAGAAAGCCUACCGUGAAGUACGGAGAGCACCCAGCUUUAGUGGUCCCUUGAUGCUACCAAAUCGAGCUUCAGCGAACAGUCUGUCAGCUCCGAUAAAACCCUCAGCAGGAUACAGAGAUGAUGACAAGUCAAAGACAAAUUUCGUGCAAAUAAGGGGGCGGUUCUCAGUAACAUCAGAAAAUGUAGAUCUUGUGAAGGGUUCCCCAAUAAAGAAGUCUGCUAGCGUUGGAGAUUGGAUGUUCGAUUCUAAGCAAAUGCCUGUUGGUCAAUCACCUAAGGAGACUAGCAACAAAAAUCUUCCUGCAUCACUUCUCAUGCCACACCUUCAAAACCUCUCUCAGCAGACAUCAAUUCAACAGGAUCUUAUUAUGAAUUUGUUGAAUAGCUUGCAAAUGGCUGAGGCUGUAGACGGUUCUCCAAAUGGAAAGUUACCCCCUCUACCUCGUACUUCAGAAAAUAAUGGAUCGAUUGAAUCAGCAGCUUCUGAAAGGGAGCGUUUACUGCUAUUCAAGAUUUCAGAACUUCAAACUAGGAUGGUAAGCUUAACUAACGAGUUGACUGCAGAAAAACUUAAAUAUAUACAGUUGCAACAGCAACUAUAUGCUACAAAUGGUCGGGAAGAAGAUAGGCAAAGAGAUAUGUAACUAGAUGGUUCUCAUAGAAGUGUAUAGUGAACCAUCUUGUAUCUUCGGAAGUAGAGGUGGUGAUAGGUCAUACAUCUGGAGUCUGGGUUUUGUCCAAGUCAUCGAAUAACUUCAAAGAUUCCAGCCCUGAAGUGCACAUAAGCAAAAUAAUCAGCUCGCGAGUUCAAAUACAUAUUUUAAAAAAAAAGACUUUCCCCUAGGCAAGAUGGUACUUUUGGUAAUCUCAUGAUUCAGUGAGAGUGUAGAAAAGGGAGCCUUGGUUUGGAUCGGAUUGAUCCUCUUCUAUAUGUACUUAUCUUUGUAUUAUCGUAAAUUUAAAAAAUUAAUAAUACCCGAAUUUUGUAGUA